UCUUGGACAACCUGUCUCAUUUUGUAUCUGACGUCAUCAGCUAGAUUUAUGUUUAAACUUUAUAUAGCCUGCUUCUUUACACACAGUUUAAGGCAGCUAUCAAAAUUCAUAUUCAGCUAUUGAAGCUAGUUAGCUGUCGAAAUGCCCGGUAUUUGAAGUUAUAUAGACGCUCAUACAGGAUAAAUAGGAUAACGGUAACCAUAUAGCGCUUGCUAACGACAAGUGACCAUUCUCUUGGCGACCGUCCGUUAAGGUCGCUAUGGCCGAGCCGAGAUUGAUUUAUCGGUGACACGGACUCCGAAGUAACCAAAUUGACAGAAGGAGAGCUCGGCAUGGCUGAAGGAUAAACAAACAACACAGGGUGCGUGCACUUGCGCCGUCUUCAUGGGCUCAGACGGUCAGUAACCGUAAUCUGCUGGCUAAAACAAGAGAGUGGCGGUUAGCAGUUGAGAGGCUAUGGCGAGGUCAGCGUGCUGUUGUUGGUCAUCAAGCGCAGUUCUGCUGGACCGUUAACCGACCGUUGGACGGCCGCUGAAGACAGCGCGCGACCUUGGGGACGUUGUCAUGGAUUUGACGCGGUUGGCUGUGGAUGCUGGUCAGUUCAUCAACCGGGCUGUUCAGUACACGGGGGAGAGUCUUGGACAGGCGGACAGGACAGAGUUGGAACCCACUCUUGAGGAGCUCGUCAGCCGGGUAGACGCAACCAAGACCUGGACGGACCAGAUAAUCUCUCAGACUGAAGUUUUCCUGCAGCCCAACCCAGGAGCACGGUUAGAGGACCGGCUGUAUGAAUACCUGGAUUGGAGUGUCCCACCUCGGCCUCAUGACCAUGAGAUGCUGGGAGAGCAAAUGUAUCAGGCUGGAUUGGAGAUAGGGUCCAACACACCCUAUGGAACUGCACUGCUCAGGUGUGGAGAGGCUCAGAAGCAGGUGGGCGAGGCAAAGAGAAAGUUUGUCCAAAGCGCUAACAUCCACUUUCUCACACCUCUGCGGAGUUUCAGUGAGGGGGAAUACAAAGCCAUGCAGGAUGAGCGCAGGAUGUUGCUGAAUAAGCGUUUGGAUUUGGACAUAGCCAAGACCCGGCUGAGGAAAGCUCACGAGGCCGAGCGAGAGUCCAGAUCCUUGAAUGCAAACCCGCUGGAAGACGACUACAUAGCUCAUGUCUCCUACAUGUUCAGCUUCCUGCGUGUUAAAUGGUUAAAGAUGUGGGCUCAGGAAAUCUCUCAGGCAGAGAUAGAGCUGAGGAUCUGCCAGUCUUUGUUCGAUAGGCAGUCAGAAAUUACAAGACGUCUUCUGGAAGGAAUUAGCAACACUCACACCAACCACAUGCGGAGCCUGACUGACUUUGUGGAGGCUCAGGCCUGUUACUUUGCCCAGUGCAACCAACAUGCACAGGAGCUUCAGAAACAGCUGGCCAGCAUUCCAGCUGUCCUCUGCUCCAAUAACUGGCAGUCAGCAAUUACUAAUGCAGUCAAUCAGCCAUCAACAAGCAACCAUGUAGCCGAUGAGCCUGUGGGGUUAAAUCAGGUCACUCCAAUUCCCGUACUCAUCCACCAACUUCCAGACUUCGACCAAGACUCAUGGACAGCAAAUCCACCACCCGGAACUGUGAAAGCAACAACAGAUUCCUCCGUGACCACACGGCCAUCUGACCAGACAAAUAACAACAAUAACAACAACACCUUCCCCACUGACAGCCAAACCAACCAAGCAUUCGAUCAUGUCUGUACAUCAGAUUCAGACAGUCACUCAACAAUUCAGCUCUCAGCACCCAGCAGGACCACCACAGUGGCCGCUGAGCCUCCUGCUUCAAGCCAGACACUGACACUCAGUGAGACAGCUGCAAUAACCAACGGCGCAGGUAGUGUGACAACAGCAACGACUCCCCCACCUUCACAACUCAGCGGAAGCGAGUCUCAGACAGCAAAUGCAGUAGCUCCCGAGACCGUGACAACCAAUGACGUCGCUUCUGAGCCCCAAACGGCUAAUGAAAUCCAGAGCGAGCUGCCCUCCAUUAACGGAGAAGACACUCAGGAGUCAUCAACAGGCAGUCAGGAUGUGGUGCAGUAGAAUCUAACGUCCGGUGGAUGAUGUGACAUCAGGCCAAACACGUCAGCUGCAAUAUACUAUGAAUGGAGCUUCAGCUGUUUUAGACCAGUGGUAAUUGUGACAUCGUAGAUCCGAGAUUACAGACUGUAACAGAAAGGUACAGAUAUACAAUUAUUAAUACAUGUGGUAUGGUUAAAAAAAAAAAAGAUUUAAUUGAUCCCAUAGGGAAGAUGAUGUGAAGUUGUCGUAAAAGUGGUUAUUUUUCUAAACGUGAUAUAGUGCCACAAUCAUUUUAGCCUCUAGCCAUUAACAUAUUUUAUUCAUGUUGUAUGGAAAUAAUGACUGUCCCCUCUUGUUGCAGUAGAUAUAAUAUUUGUCGGCCUCAGGCUGUAAGAUGAGGCCUGUCUGACUGUUAUAUCUGCUGCAAAUGACUGUGCAGAGUUGUUUUCAGUUGGUAUCUAUGAAACUAAAUCUUUAUUUUUACAUUUAGAGAACUAAUCAAGCUUUGUGCCAAGUCCACGUGUGUGUAUUUGUUGGUGUAAACACAUAAAUGUCUGUGUGUGUUCAUGGAUGUUUGUGUCCACGUAUGGGCUAUAUGUCUGUCUUCACCCAAACCUGUGACACCUAUAAGGAGAAGUGUGUGUGUGUGUGUGUGUAUAUGUAUGUGACUCCGCCACCUCUUGACUCGUGUUUCUACAAGUUGAGGUCAUUUUCCAUAUUAAAAACACAGUGUCAUUAAAGUGUGUGUUUUGGUGUUGGGGGGCCCAGAGAAGUGACAGCACACCUGAGACUGAACAGGACCUUUAUGCUUGAUGUUACAUAUGACCAUAUGCUUCCUCAUACACACUCUGGGUGUUUCCCUUUAUAUAUCUAGCACCCUUAAACACACCCACUCAAAUCACAUACUCACUUUUACCCCCUUAAAGCCCCCACUGGGUGAAAUGGGUAGAAGUUUCCACAUCCAGAUGUUGUUCAUUUUCUUUGUAAAGGCAGCCCAGAUCUACUGUGGUGUGAGUCCACUCUUGGGACCCUGUAUGGAAACACACACACAUUAAUUUAGCUUUGGCCUACUGAUGUAAUCGUCCACCAGCCCAAGCUUUUGUCCCAAUAUGUAAAGAUGUGUGUGUGUUUGGAUAGUAUUCACAUUCGCUCCACUGCCCGUUAUAAACUGCACGUACAUGCAGACGUAAUCCAGUCACAUGAGUCAUUGUGAGGUUGGUGGUUUCACGUGAUUCAUCUGAAAAUGUGGAAAUAAAUAUGCAAACGGUGACGUAACUUCCAAA